UUAGAACAAAUUUAGCGCGGGAACUAGUUGGCGAGCGGAGCGGACGAAUACGUCAUCAUGCGGCGCUUUGUUUACAUCCGCCAGUUGUACGCCGCAUUCGUUUGUGCUACCUUCGGUUUCUUCAGUUUGUGUUGUUUUUUGGAAACUUUUUGCCCUUCAUUUUGACUCCCAAGGCCUCAGAACAGACGUGAGAAGCUGCUGCUGGUGUGACCUGAGAUGGCUGAAUCCAGGAGGGUCCAGCUGACCACUCUGAACCAGGAUGUACCUCCAUCCUCGGACAGUUCGGCUCCGGUGCAUCUGUGUCCCUCCAGGACUCUGCAGGGGGAAGAGAAGCGCUCAGACCAGCCUGCUGACUCCAACACAGUCCGCCUCGUCCUCAACCUGUUUGAUCCAGACGAGAAGAGCUUUCCAGAGUUCAGCUACAGUCAGCUUAUUGAUGCCAAGAUCAAUCAAACCAAAGAUGAAGUUCCUCUGAGCAGACUUGAAAAGGAAAAAAAGAGAGAAAAUGAUGAAGUUGCUGCCAUCGCAAGAAAGCUAGAGAGAAAAUAUGGUGCCAAGCCUAAGAAGACAAAGGACCGCAUUCAGGACUUAAUCGAUAUUGGAUAUGGUUAUGAUGAAGAGGAUUCUUUUAUCGACAACUCUGAGGCUUAUGAUGAGUUUGUGCCGGCCUCCAUCACAACCAAAUUUGGAGGAUUCUAUGUGAAUUCAGGCGUGCUGCAGUUCCGCCAGGCUUCUGACACUGAAACUGACGACCUCACAGCGGAGGGCAAAACACUUGUACUCACAAAAAAACGUAAACUCAGUGGAGGAGAGGAUAAGUUAAAGAAGAAGCCGUGCGGAGCAGGUGAAGAGAAGAAAAGCGAUAUAGAUCCUCGGUUAAGCACUAUGUCCACAGUCAGGCCUGAUAAUGACAUAAAGAUCAAAAAGAAGAAAAAGGCUGCUAAGACACUGAGUGUCACCAGCAUGCUGAAAAAGUUUCAAAAAGAAAAGGAAAGAGAACGACAGAAGAUGGAGAAAGCAAAUCAGAAGGCAUCUGGGAUGAUGGGUGCAACCACCGUCCCCGUGUUCCCGGCAGAUGCAGCGGGAGGUGGAGGCUCAGGGCAGACCGACCCUCUCCUCAGUUUGAUUGGUUCAGCCAGUGACCAUACACUCAUCCAAGCAGCCAGCACAUUGGAUUUUGAGAUUGAUUUGGACUCUUUAUUAGAUGUGAGUGAAGAAACUUCAUCACCACAGUCCCUUUCUCAACCUGCCACUGAAGCACAGCUAAUCCAGACCAAAGCAGAUGAUCAGCUCAGCGUUAUUUCUGAUGCUAAAGCGAAGACUUCAAACACAAACUCUCAGUUGAAACCUCAUCCAGAGCAAAUCCAUCUUCUGUCAGAAGUUAGUUCUGCAUCACCACACCAGUGUGUCCCCCUGCCAGAGGGACUCCCUCCAGGACUAGAAGAAAGUAUUAGAAAACUCACAAUGGCUGCCAAGACAUCAGAGGGAGAGUCAAAACUCAAGUUCUUCAACCCAGAUAUCAACUCGAUUCUCCUAGAUAUUGAGUUGCAGUGUCGGGAGCAGGGGGGUCAGCUGCGCUCCAAAGUGUACACACACCUGUCAUCCUUCCUGCCCUGCAGCAGAGAUACACUCCUCAAACGUGUGAAGAAACUGUUCAUCGCACACGCGGAGCCCCCUGCUGUGGAAGAUCCAGUGCAGAAACUGAAUGAGGCCAUUGGAAGAUCUAUGCCAGAGCAGAUUGCUUGUUUCCAUCAAAUCUGCCAAGCGUAUGAACAAACCAAGGCUGCGAAGACAACAGAAGAGGACAAUGUGGAGGAGAAAGGUGGGAAAAGAGGUCCCAGGAAGUUGUUCAAAUGGAAUGAGGAUAUCAGGGAAUGUUUGGGUCACGUGUUGAAAGAAAAAGUGGACAAAUAUAAAAAGGAAAGAAAGGAGGGCGUGGAGAUGGAGGACUACCUCAAGAAAUUUUUAGACAAUGAGGUUAAACCACUAUGGCCAAAAGGGUGGAUGCAGUCCAGAGUGCUGACAAGGGAGAGCAAGAAAAUGUUACGUGGCUUCACGUCCUUACCGCGAGAAAAGGCCAAGUCUGAGAAGAGGCAGUCCUCCAUCAACAGUGCUUCCACUUUAUCAGACGGCUGCCACAGUCUUCAGGGAGCUUUAUCACUCUCAGGGCAACCCAGCCGAGGAACACAUCAAGUCUUCAUUGGAGACUUAAAUAUCGCAAAUUCUGUGCCACUUGGUGUUAUUAAGAAGGAUGGUUUAGCCACAUCUGCUCCCACUCACUCACUACUGGAUAUCCUCGCAGAUCAAGCACUGGCUCGAGAGCAACCUUUUACACUUCCCCAGGAGCUCCUAGCAGAAGCUGUUGCAAAAUACAGGCGUGCAGUUCAGCACUGGAGCUUCAGUGUGGACACCAAAAGUCCUCCUGUUCAUCCUCCACCUCCUCAGUCCACCCCAGUCAGUUUCCCAGUGGGCAGAGUGCAUCAGGUUGUUUUGCCUCAGCUGCUGCUGGCUGCAGACACCAGACAUGUGGAUGUUGAUGAGGUGCAGAUCAUUUCUGAUGACAGUUUAAUAGAGUGAAGGCUCCCAACACAGACAUACACAAAGUAAGUUUGUUUAUUUUUGUUGCUAACCUUACUUUCAUGUACUGAGUUUUUAAUUUUAUUCCAGGCAGCAUUUGGCAUGCUAGUUUACCUGAUGUUUUUCUAAUACACAAACAUAUUGAAUGCUAGAAGAUGCGUCGUAGAUUCUAAUAAUUUGCUAUGAUGCCAGUAAAACAGAUGUGAUAUUUCGUGACAUGGUCCAGAAAUUUUGUUCAGUAGAGAGAUAGCCAUAUACUGAUAUUUGUCAUCUUUUUAGAUGGUAUGCUGGAGAUGGACUGAACACAUAAGAUUAUUCUUGUCUUGGUAAAGUCAGCAGUGGUAAAUGACUAUCCAGUAAAAAUUAGACGAAUUGAUCUGGUUGAACAUUGAUGAUUAGGGGUUUGGUUUCCGCCUUCUCUGCUUUAUUUACACGGGUGUAAAUGGGAUUAAAGCAAAUGGAGUAAUAUUGGUGUAGAAGAAGUGGCACUUUGACCAAUAAGCAGACAAAUGGACUGCAGUCCAACCCUCUUGUUGGAUUCAGACAGGACCCUCAGGACACCCAGUGAGUCACUUAAUGUUUCAACAAUGGAUUGUAUUUGAAAGGUUUUGUUUGAGAUGUGAAUGGUUCAGUUUGAAUUAAUAAAUAAUAAAGAUUACACAACA